GAUAAUGGUGUUGACGAUGAACAUGCAGAUGAAGAAAAUAAUGAAUACGACGAUGAUGAAGACGGCCUUAUGGAUGAAGAAUACGCAAUUGACGAUGAAGAGGACGGCCAUGAUGUUUCCAAACAACUGAGCAAUGUUAGCGAAGAUGAUGAUGACUCGCCUGAGGAACCAGCAAUAACCGAAAAAACAUUAAAGUUGGCAAACGCUGACCGCAAAGGUAUUUUAACGCCACUACAGUUUGAGAUAAUUGAGUAAUUUUAGUCAACGUAAAUAACUUAGCAGAAAAAAAAUUGGAUCAAUUCUGACCAGGUGUCUGACCUGUUUAUCCCUCAGAUCGAAAAAGCAGCUUCCCCUUUUUUAAAGUAGUAAACGGCCAUUAUUAUUUAUUGGGAAUAGUUUUUUUUAUUUCUGAAAUGAUGUUGGGUGGAACGAUCAUUUUCUAGUCAUUAUAAGUUGCAUACUCCUUUUGUAGUCUACCAGAAACCGAAGUGACUUGAAUGUGUAAUUUGCCAAUAGCUGCGACUUUGCGACUCUUCAGAAGCCUAUUUUUGGAGUUCAAUGAGAAGUAAUCAAUUCAAUUGUGUUUUGAUAUCUAAGUCAUGCAUGUGUCAACAGGAUGUGGACCAUGCAUAUGAGUUCAAUUUGAUGAACAUUAGGUACUUAACGUGAAAAUCAGAAAGUUACGAACAUGCACCAUAAUUAAUUCUGGAAUGUUAUCGCGCUGCAAGGGAAAAGCCAAUCAGGAGUGGGAAACUAACCUCAAGCAGCAACGGUAUAAGUUUUUGAACCUUAAGGCUUGUUUGCACUUGUCCUGAUAUUUACUUUAAUUGGUCAUAGCACGAUAAACAUUCUUGAAAUUUUCUCAGGUUUUCAAUUGUUUUCUAAGUUUGACACCGACUAAGGCGCACAUCUGUUUGCAGUGAUACGACUGAAUACGAAUGAAGUCGACGAUCCGCAGCGACGUGGUAGAAGAGGACGAAGGGUCAGACGUGGCAGACGGCGCAGAGGGGGGAGACGAGGCAGACCGCGAAGACGAGGCGGACGGCAAGGACGUGGCAGAAGAGGUGGACGAGGAAGGCGUGGCAGGCGUGGCAGGCGUGGCGGACGUCGCAGAAGAGGUAGACGUGGUAGACGU